AAAAAGGAACUUCAAAAGAGAGAGAAACUAUCUGUGUGGUGUUCUGAUACACUCCUGUCUCAAUAAAAGGUAUUUCAAAAGCAUAAAAUCUGUUUUACUGAGAACUCCAUGCAAACAGACGCACAUAAGAAAAGUCUGUCCUUCUUAACGAGAGAGAAGCUGUUCUACUCCAAGUGUGUUCAUCAACAUUCUGUUGUGAGAUUUUUUGCAAAUCGUCGAUGGUUUGACUUUUGAAAUCGUGUCAUCAUCUGCAAAAAAGGGAGUGACCUGAAGGAUAUACCCUUUUCCCACGUACUCACACACACGUUUAGCAUUUACGUAUGAAUUAAAAGUUGUAACCCAGAUGUAUAGGAUCUUUUUGCUCUUCUUCUUGAUAAUCACCUUGUCCUCCUACAGCGAUAGCUUUAUAUAUUUUAUUUUUUCAUUUUUGGGCUCGCUUAAUUUCUAUGCUGUUCCUGUAGCUCCUGUCCUGUGAAAAUAUUAAUUUUGGACAUUCAUACUUUUUUUACACAUGAGAAGUAUUGCGGGAUAAGCAUCUGAGCACCGUUCGAUACGAGCUGCACUAGCUGAACUACCUAUGAAAAACCGUACUUUCAUCUUUCAGAGCUCUUCGUUGUUCCUGAAGAGCGGUUUUUCGACUUCUGAAAUUGGAAAUUCGAGGCCACACAAUGGGAGGCGGCUUCAGCACAUCUAGAGGCGAAGGCGGUGACAGCCCGACUUCCUUAGGAGGCAGUAGGCGGAGAGGAUUGCCUGGACGCCCACGAUCAGUUCCGAGUAACAGGGCAGAAGGAGAGGCUAGUCCGGGAGGGAGGGGAGGGUAUUCUUCACUAUUUAGUUUUCAUAAUAGUUAAUGUCAGUACUUGGUGCUUAUUCAUCAUUGCUAAAACUAUUAAAUUAAUCUCCAGGCGAACAAGAUGAACAGAAAGAAAGGUUUUUCUAUUUACUGUAGUAUGUACUCUAUAAUGAUCUUGUUAGAUUGAUCUUCUCUUACCACAACUCCAACCUUACACAUUCAGUUCCCCCGGUGGCCGCGAAGGACGAAGUUCUCAUUGGUGCCAUCAGUGUAGUCGCGCCGUGAGGCUAAACACCAACAGCCUAUGCAGCGUUUGCGGUGGAGGCUUCGUUGAGGAGGUUGCCAACGACUCGGCGAUCCCUUUGCUUUCCGCUUUGCAAGCUGUUCAGCAGCUAAACCAGAUCCACGAGGAACAAGCGGCUGGCAGGUAUUUCUUGACGUUUCUAAGCCCUAAGCCCCCGUAGCCCGUAGAGCAUGACACAAGAUUCUAAGCCCCAGGCCCGUAAGCAGAGGUAUUGAUAGAGAGAUCCGAUGUCAUCAAUCUUUAGGAAAAGUAGCGUUUCAGUACUUAGAUGAAAAGUCAAGUGCUCGACGGAACAAAAAUUCAGACGCGGCGGCGCCGAUGAAACGGGCUUUAUCAUUCGUGGUGGCAAUAGACCGCAGGAGAUUAGGAUAGAAGUUUUGCUGCGGGAACUGCAAACUCAUCUUCGGAUGGCUGAGGGUAUGCGUACCGCAAUGCGAGAAUUGAUGCUGGAAGAAGACGUAGUAGAGCAAACGCAGUAUAAUCCGUCUCCAACUAAUGGAGUGCAGAUUGAUCCAUUGAAAGAAGAGAAAUGGCGGAACAUAAAAAUAACCAAAAUUUCGAGCGAAGGGGAGUACAAAGCUUGGCAGGUAUAGUACUUUGCUUACAAUUAUUUCUCGUACAACUACGCGAUGGAUGCUCAGUUCUUACUUUUGCUAGUUUUUAUUACCACUGAUAGUGCCGCUCGGUGAAGACAGAAAUUUUGAUGAGAAGAAUUCCUUUUCAAAACCUCAAUUCAAAUGCUCAAAAUGUUCUUUCAGCUCCAGCACCACAAUUCGGAAGCUAGAAAAAAAUUCCUUUUCAAAACCUCCAGCUCGAGCACCACAAUUCGGAAGCUAGACAGGAGGAGGCCUGCGCGAUCUGUUGCGGCGCUCUCUUCGAGGGUGAGCCUGUUGAAAUUUGCGAACUAAACGGUUGCCAUCACGAGUUCCACAGAGAUUGCUUGCAAGAGUGGUUCGCGCGUGCGAGUAGUUGUCCCAUUUGCCGUUGUGACUUGAACAAUGCCAAAGAAGAUCGAGAAUCAGAGUUCGUCGAGCCCCCUACGAAUCAGAGUUCUUCAUCUGCCAGAGAAGCUGGAGAUUCGAGUUCAUCACAGUCAAGAGGGAUAGCACAACUUACGGCUUGCGAAAAUAUUGUUAUCAGUGAAUGUUGAGUAGUUGUAGUUAGUAAUUAAAUAGAGUUUAUUUCGAGAAAUUAGAGAAGUCAGUGCAUCAGUUGUGGCCUCCGAUAUUUGUUUGUUUGUACCCCUACUUGCCGGGUACAUCAUCAUGAUAGUGAAAACUCUUCGUCUCUUCUAUCCAGGUGUUUCUCCUCCUCCCUAAUGGAAGAACAGACCGCGCUUCCCGUCGUGGUGCUUGGCAACGGCAACUAGGCAGCGAAGAGGACGUGGCGUCUUUAAGCAGUCUAUCGGAUCCAGAGUAUACGAGUAGUGGCGAGGGUCUACAUGCUUCCUCGACUGACGCAGCCCACUCGAUUCCUGAUGAAAUCACGCCUUCAGGAGUAGCAGUUCCACCCUCUAGUGCCGCGUCGAUGGUCACUGCGAGCCCCUCUACUUCGGCAGAUAUUAGUACGUAGCAGUUAUAAGGCGUGUCCUGGUCUUGUCUUGGUCAUGGGCUGGCUUUAUUCAUUCUGAGUAAGUCUACGACUCGGCGCCACAACUGCAGAGCCCCUGUUAAAUACAUCAUUACAGAGCUCCUGUUAAAAUGGGUGAUUAAGUUGAAGUUUUGGGAAGUUAGUCUGAAAUCCAGUGAAGAUUUACUUCAAAAUAGGAGUAUACGGAUAGAGCCACAUCUGGAAUGAAGAUAGUGGUCAUUUAGUGUACCUCGUCCCGUUACCCUUAUAAUGUCGACUCUUGAGAUCUAACCAGAUAAGUCUUUGCUUUAAAUCUAAUGACUGUAAUAGUUCUCCCCUAUCAUUCAAUUUUGUAAGAUGACAAUUCGGCAUGAUAAGACUACAAUAGACAUUAUGACACAUGUUGUUCCUGUACCUACCCUAUGAUCUUCAUACAAAGAUCAAGCAGCAUCCCAGGAAUUUUGUCUUUCGUAUAUCUACAGAGACGGAAAUCGGGGCUAUUAUUCCAUCCAAUAAGAUGAAGUGAAAACUUUAUGCUCCUUUGUCGCGACACUUGAAUAUUUAGUUCUCAUUCAGGUAAAGAUUUGCUUCCGCAUACGCGCCGCGCAUUCCCUAGUACAGGCCUCUCGCUGCGCCCCUCCAUACAACAGCUAACCCUACUACAUGACUGAUUGAUCACGAGCGAAGGAUCCCUUUCCCAUUGUUGAAGUUGUCAAACAAAAAGCGCCAGUAGAUCGUUUGCAGCCUGCUUGUGCUAAUUCAUCUGCCUAUCAUAGGAUGGACAUACUAGAAAAGUUAGAGUUCAAUCUAUUAUGGCACUUCAAUGGCCUCGAGCGCUCACCUCCUCAUAGGUGAGCCAACUCCUAUCCUAUCCUACGUUUUGUUGUAAUGUAGUAUCCCAAUCUUUUUAGAAGAAUCCAAAUCUAGUGAUUUUUUGAAAUCUUCUGUUCCUGGACUCAUUUGGAUUUAAGAUGGGACAAGAUAGAGUAUUCACAAGAAUAUUUCUAAUCUACGUUUUCUAAGUCGUGAUGCUACUAUUCUGUGUGGCGAAACUACUUAGUAAUUUCUGCCGAUCCGGUGCUUCAGCCGAGCCGUAGUAGAAGGAGGUUAAUGGACUCCACCCGUCGCCGGCAGGCACGCCGGAUAUCACUGGGAUUACCCUUUCGGCGAUCUUGGCAUACAAAAAUUACAGCAGCGCUGAGGCGGGAGCCCAUCUGAGUCGGAAUCUGUGCACUUUAUAGAAGAUCCCCAUCAACGUUUAGGCUGUGGUGCUUUCCUCCCCAUUCCGUCGACCUCUCGUAUUUGAUGAUUAUAUUUUGUAAAAUAUAAAGGUAAAGCUUGAAUGAGCUCAGCAACAUGCAUUGUCAUCUUCUGACAGAACUCAUCUACUCUUUUCAACAUGUGAUUGCAAAUCACAAUUGAGGAUGAUUGUAUGAAGAGCUGUGUCAUGAUCUGAGCGUGCUUAGACAGUGACUUACUCUUGACUCAGGCAAAUUUUCGAAAGGGCAUAUGAGUUAACUUUCUUCCCUUUACGUUGUAGUGAACUAU